CACCGCGGCCGGGAAGAGUGGAGCUAGUCCGUCCACGAGACCUGACUUUACGCUCCCUCUGCGGCCAACAGUGAUGACGUCGCCGAGAGCACGCCCUCGCUUUGAAGACCCAUUUCUGAUCUGCACCAGAGCAUGAGAAUCUUAUGGAAGCCAUUCGGAUUCUCAAGAAGACUUCUGCAAGGAGCACGGUGUCACCCCAGUGAAUCAGUAUCUCUGUCUGCAUUGACAAGGAGGACGUUGGUACCGAGGCUUAGGAAAGCACCUAGCAUUUUGUGGUUGGGUCAAAGACAAGGAUUCUCAGCCAUGCCAGAAACAGAAGCAAGUGUGAGAGAUACUGAACUAUUUUCCCCACCCUCUGAGGUGCGAGGAAUGACAGAACUUGAUAGAACAGCUUUUAAAAAGACGGUGUCCAUCCCAGUGCUCAAAGUGAGAAAAGAAGUAGUCAACAGGUUGAUGCGAGCCCUCAAGAGGGUGGCUCUGCAGCGUCCGGGCAUAAAGCGUGUCAUUGAAGACCCUAAUGAUGGUGAUACUAGACUGAUCAUGUUGGAUCCCUUCAAAAUGCUGACCGUUGAUUCCUUUGAGAAAGCAGAACUCGGUGUUUUAGAAGAACUUGCUGUCAACCCACAGCUGUCCGAAUACAAUUUGGAGCUAACUUACGAGAAUUUUAAAUCAGAGGAAAUUUUGAGAGCUGUGCUUCCCGAGGGUCAAGACGUGACCUCGGGGUUCAGCAGGGUUGGACACAUUGCACACCUGAAUCUCCGAGAUCAUCAGCUCCCGUUCAAGCAUUUGAUUGGUCAAGUUAUGAUUGACAAAAACCCAGGAAUCACCUCUGCAGUAAAUAAAACCAGCAAUAUUGACAAUACAUACCGAAAUUUCCAAAUGGAGGUGUUGUCUGGAGAGGAGAAUAUGCUGACCAAGGUUCGAGAAAACAACUACAUGUAUGAGUUUGAUUUCUCCAAAGUCUAUUGGAAUCCUCGUCUUUCCACAGAACACGGCCGGAUCACUGAACUUCUCAAUCCUGGAGAUGUCUUGUUUGAUGUUUUUGCUGGGGUUGGGCCCUUUGCCAUUCCAGCAGCAAGGAAAAACUGCACCGUAUUUGCCAAUGAUCUCAAUCCUGAGUCUCACAAAUGGCUGUUGCACAACUGUAAACUAAAUAAAGUUGACCAAAAAGUGAAAGUCUUUAACAUGGAUGGAAAAGACUUCCUCCAGGGCCCAGUCAGAGAAGAAUUGAUGCUUCGGCUCGGACCGUCAGCCGAAGCAAAACCCUCUGUCCACAUCGUCAUGAACUUGCCCGCAAAGGCGAUAGAGUUUCUCAGUGUUUUCAAGUCCCUCCUAGAUGGGCAGCCGUGCAGCAGUGAGCACCUCCCAACAGUGCACUGUUACUGUUUCUCCAAAGAUGCCAAUCCUGCUAAGGAUGUUUGUCAGCAAGCUGGAGCUGUGUUAGGCAUUUCCUUGGAGGUGAGUAGUUCAGUUCACCUUGUGAGAAAUGUGGCCCCUAACAAGGAAAUGCUGUGCAUCACCUUCCAGAUUCCUGCCGCGACACUCUACGGGAACCGGGCCCUGAGUCUAGAGAAUUCUGAAGAGCCAUCUCUGAAACGGCAGAGGACAGAUAAUUCCUUCUCAGAACCACAAAUUACAUCAGAUUCUUAGCUUGAAAACUUUUCUACAUCUCCCCAGUAAAUUUUUUGUGAAGAAGUACAAUUUGUAUGAUUUUGUAAACUUUAAAUAUUGGGUAUUUGUUAUUGAACCCUUAUGUUUUGCUCUUACAAAGGGAACAUUACCAAAGUAAAAUUUAACCAAAAUAAGCUGAACUUGUAUAAUAGACUGUUCUGUUGUUGGAAUUUCAGGCACGCACCACCAUUAUCCAGUAUAGUUUUCAAAUAGAAUUGGUAUGGGCAUGGAAGAUGGCUCAGAAGGUAAAGGAAGUUGCUGCCAAGCCUGGGGACCUGAGUUUGAUCCCUGGAACCAACAUUUGAAAGGAGAGACUCCUGAAAGUUUCCCUCUGACCUCACGCAUGCGUCAAGGCACUCGUGCGUGCACACAUAUGCAGAAUAAAAUGAACUCAUUAGUCUCAAUCAUAUAACAAAUUUAAUCCAAGUUAUUUUUAUUAAAUAAAUGCACUUUCAGUAGCGUCUGUCCCUUGGAAAGAGUUUUUAAAGAUUGAGCGACUAUAUUCUGCUUAACUAGGGAAGCAUUUAACUACAUUGUAGUUAUUAGUGAAAACACGUGAUUGAUUUAUGCAACUUCUCUACUACCAAUUAGCAGUAUAAAAGUAACACAAAAUUAUUUAGAUGAGGAAUAGGAAAACUACAUCUGCCAAGUCACAUGUGGCAUAAUGGCCUAUGGCAUGAGGAUUUUCUUACAUUUUCAUGAUUGAAAAAUAUUUUGUGACAUGGAACUUACAUGAAAUUUGAGUUUGGGGUUUUGGUGCAUGAAGUUCCAUUGGCACCUGCCCUCCCUGUUCGUUUUCACACUGUCUACAGCUGCUCACGAUCGACACCGGAGUGGAACAAUUGCAACACAGACCUCGAGGUGACACUCAUGGCCGUACUGCAGCUUGGCAUGCUACAGAUCCUAGGGACAUGGUUGUGUCUCAACAGAUAGCAUUUCAAAUGGUCUGUCCAUAACCAGGCUACACAUUGUUGUUUGAGACAAGAGUCUCAUAUUAUAGCUCAGUCUGACCCAGAAUUCACUGUAUAGCCCAGGGUGGACUUGAACUCACAACAGCCCUCCUGCCUCAGCCUCCCCCCAUGUGCUAGGAUUACAGGUGAGUCACCAAGCCCAGCUUCACAAGUUUCCUCUUUUUGUAAGUAGUGCAUACUCAUAUAUCAGGAUAAAUGGAUCUUGGGGAUGUUACGCUUUGACAGUUCAGUGGGGUAUAAAUCAUUUUGAUAUCACUUAGAUAACAAGGCAUCUAUACCCUUGACUGAAAGAAAGGGAGAAAGAGAGAGAGAGAGAGAUAAAGGAAGGAAGAAAAAAUGAAAAUGCAUUGUUAUUACCACACCAAGUGCCUGUCUGUACUUUUAGAUAAUUCACAAAAAUUCAAAAACCUCAGCCAGAGUAGCAAAUAAAACAAAAAUAAGGCUAUAACUUACUUUUAAGUCUCCAAAUGACUUUGAGCCAAUUAAAGAAAGCCAUUUACUCUUCCUGAGUGAAUUGUGUUUUGAGUGCAGCAACUGAAGAACUGUGUCCAGAGAAAAUAAACAUGUUUAAGAGGAUUGGCCUCUGGCGAGAACAGUUGUUCAGCUCAGAACAGAGGGAGCACUGUCAGUAAGCAACUGAGAAGGUGAACAAUUCUGCCCUGGCUUUGAAGGGGCUGACAGAUGUUGCUAAUACUGCCCAGUUCUUUGAAGCUUUGAGACCAGGCUUGGAAUAACUAAAGAUUAGCCACCGUGACUGCUCUCUGCAUGGAACUGGAAAUGAAAAUGAAGCUUCAAAACACGCUAUCAUGUACAACUAAAGCAGAAUCUGCUAAGUCUCUAAUAAAUGAUUUUUUAAAGUAUGUGGAGCAGAGGGCCUAGUUGGAGAAAGCCCGUGAGAGUGUCAGAGUUUAAAGGUUAUACCUGCUGACUGUGUUAUCCUGCAAGUGCCUUGUGAAAAGGCUGCGGUCUCUCAGACGUGGCUGAGCGAGCUGUAUCUGGGAACCCUCAUCUGCUUUCGUGACUAACAGUCCUCUCAGACGUGGCUGAGCGAGCUGUAUCUGGGAACCCUCAUCUGCUUUCGUGACUAACAGUCCUCUCAGACGUGGCUGAGCGAGCUGUAUCUGGGAACCCUCAUCUGCUUUCGUGACUAACAGUCCUCUCAGACGUGGCUGAGCGAGCUGUAUCUGGGAACCUCAUCUGCUUUCGUGACUAACAGUCCUCUCAGACGUGGCUGAGCGAGCUGUAUCUGGGAACCUCAUCUGCUUUCGUGACUAACAGUCCUCUCAGACGUGGCUGAGCGAGCUGUAUCUGGGAACCCUCAUCUGCUUUCGUGACUAACAGUCCUCUCAGACGUGGCUGAGCGAGCUGUAUCUGGGAACCUCAUCUGCUUUCGUGACUAACAGUCCUCUCAGACGUGGCUGAGCGAGCUGUAUCUGGGAACCCUCAUCUGCUUUCGUGACUAACAGUCCUCUCAGACGUGGCUGAGCGAGCUGUAUCUGGGAACCUCAUCUGCUUUCGUGACUAACAGUCCUCUCAGACGUGGCUGAGCGAGCUGUAUCUGGGAACCCUCAUCUGCUUUCGUGACUAACAGUCCUCUCAGACGUGGCUGAGCGAGCUGUAUCUGGGAACCCUCAUCUGCUUUCGUGACUAACAGUCCUCUCAGACGUGGCUGAGCGAGCUGUAUCUGGGAACCCUCAUCUGCUUUCGUGACUAACAGUCCUCUCAGACGUGGCUGAGCGAGCUGUAUCUGGAACCCUCAUCUGCUUUCGUGACUAACAGUCCUCUCAGACGUGGCUGAGCGAGCUGUAUCUGGGAACCCUCAUCUGCUUUCGUGACUAACAGUCCUCUCAGACGUGGCUGAGGGAGCUGUAUCUGGGAACCCUCAUCUGCUUUCGUGACUAACAGUCCUCUCAGACGUGGCUGAGCGAGCUGUAUCUGGGAACCCUCAUCUGCUUUCGUGACUAACAGUCCUCUCAGACGUGGCUGAGCGAGCUGUAUCUGGGAACCCUCAUCUGCUUUCGUGACUAACAGUCCUCUCAGACGUGGCUGAGGGAGCUGUAUCUGGGAACCCUCAUCUGCUUUCGUGACUAACAGUCCUCUCAGACGUGGCUGAGCGAGCUGUAUCUGGAACCCUCAUCUGCUUUCGUGACUAACAGUCCUCUCAGACGUGGCUGAGCGAGCUGUAUCUGGAACCCUCAUCUGCUUUCGUGACUAACAGUCCUCUCAGACGUGGCUGAGCGAGCUGUAUCGGGAACCCUCACCUGCUUUCGUGACUAACAGUCCUCUCAGACGUGGCUGAGCGAGCUGUAUCGGGAACCCUCAUCUGCUUUCGUGACUAACAGUCCUCUCAGACGUGGCUGAGCGAGCUGUAUCUGGGAACCCUCAUCUGCUUUCGUGACUAACAGUCCUCUCAGACGUGGCUGAGCGAGCUGUAUCUGGGAACCUCAUCUGCUUUCGUGACUAACAGUCCUCUCAGACGUGGCUGAGCGAGCUGUAUCUGGGAACCCUCAUCUGCU